AUGGAAGACGACGAAGAGGAAGAAGAAGAAAUCGUGGGGUCGUUGUUGUCCUCCCUCGAAAACAUACUGCUGCGCGGUACCAACAUUUCUCAGGACAAGAUGCGCAACCAGAGCGAGAAGGAUCACCUGCUCAGUCGCCACACCUCCUUAGCAUCAGAGACGUUCGAGAGUGCCGGGCGGAGGGGCUACCUUUCGGGCCACCUCACCAAGCUGGGCCACGUGUACAAGACGUGGCGGCGGCGCUUCUUCAUCCUCAACGACGCCAAGCGGCUGCUCUUCUACUACGACGACGCCAAGACGGGGAACGUGAAGGGCGUCAUCGAGCUGGCCGGCGCCGACGUGUUGCGGGACGUCACGCGCGGCAAGGAGCUCUGCUUCCAGAUCAGCUACCCGCGCCACCCGCACAAGCGAAGAGUUCCGGGAUCUCCGCUGUCCCCGGGCGGGUCCUCGCCGCCGUCGCUGCUGUCGGCCCUGUCGGCCUCGUCGACGGCCCUCCCCGAGGCCCUUUCGUCGCUGCAGCUGCUACUCGACGAGGCCCCCGACUCGCCGGGGUCGCGUCGGGCGUCGCUCCCCAUCCUCCCCUCCCAGCACCAGCCGCCUCCUCACCACCCUCUCCUCGGCCACCUCGCGAUCCUGGACACUCCUCCCCUUCGCACCUGCCCCGACACCCGCCGCUGCCCCGACACCCGCCGCCGCCGCCGCCGCCGAGUCAUCCACGUCCACAUCUGCAUCGGCAUCGCCGCCAGCGUUGGAGGCGCUCGCGGGUCCGAGCGAGCAGCGGGGCGCCGCCGCAGCCGCCAUGGAGGACGGCGACGUGGAGCAGCAGCAGACGAUCGGGCGGAGAAAGAGGAGCAGCAGCAGGAGGAGGGACGGCCUCAGCCGGUCGGCUCGCCCGUGGCCGUGCCGGAGCUGCCCGCGCCGCACCCGAACGACGAUGAAGAUGGCGGCGGCGGCGGCGGCGGCGAUGGCGAUGGCGAUGGCCGACACCACACGGAAGAGGCGGAGAGCGCCGAGGAGCUGGCCCUGGAAGGCGAGCGGGACACGGAAGAGGAGGACGACGACGACGACAAAGAUGCGGAUGACAAGGACUCGACGAUUGAGGAUUGGACGGCCCGCUUCCAAUGGCUGAUCGAGGAGAACAGGGCCAAGGUGCUGGCCCAGGUGGAACCCCACGGCGCCGAAACCGCCGGAUGGACGCUCGUCAAGUGCCGCAUAUGCGAUAUCGCGAUAUGGGCCGGCGCGAACGGGUCCACUACUUGCGUGUCUCCUCGAGCGGAGGAGUUCGUGCGGGGCGAGGUGCUCAACAGCGGGUGGGCCGUCGAGCCCUUCGACGAGGCCGACGACUCAGCGUACAGCGCGAGGGACGAAACGGACGAGAUGGAGGAAAGCAGCAGCCGCGGCAGCACGCGAGAGGAGGUCUACUGCACGUACGUGGUGUGCGUGGACCUGCGCGGCCUGGUCCCCUCCUGGGUUGUAAAUAGGUUCCAGGCCAGGGACGUGCACGCCGCCUUUGCUCGCCUCAAGCAGCAGGCCGAGGACCACCGCGCCACGACGGCCACGCCACCACAGCAACAAUCGUAA